AUGAAAAUAAAAGAUAAAAAGUUAGUAAAAGUGAAAACUAAUCAAACAAUAAUAGAAGAAUUUCAAUCUUCAGAACUAUUACAUGAUGAUAUGGAAGUUGAUGAGAUCAAUCCAAACUUACAAUCGACAUCAUCACACCAAAAAAGACAACACUCAACACACAUACCUACAGAUAUUGAAGAACAAAUUCUU